AUGAAUACAUUCGGGUAUACCGCGCCCAUCUUCGCUUUGCCCUUGGAGCUUCGCGAGCAGAUAUACAGAGAUGUGCUAUCAUCAACAGAGCAAGGAUCCGACUUACUCCGGACAUGCCGGGAUAUCUACACCGAAGCCCAGAAGUUUCUGUAUCAACGAAAUAUCAACUUCUGCGGUCAGUCGGCUUUGUUUCAGUGGCUGGAUCACGUUCCUGCCGAGUUUCUCUCAUAUGUUACGCAAAUUUCCCUCAGUGUCUUGGAUGUUGACCUCAGCCCGCUUCUCAAGUCAAAGUUCGAAGCCUAUCGAUCUAUUUCUCCAACACGGCUCCAUACAUGGGAGUUGUACAAUCGCGAGGUUGAGAGAUUACGAGCAGCUCUUGAGAAGCUACCGAGAAUACAAGCCAUCACAAUUCGAGCACUUCCAGGUCAGCGGUCAUACUUCUACCAGGAGUUCCUAUCCAAGGUUUUGGGCAUGUUAAGCUCGUUACAUUCCAAUCUGUUAGAUCUUCGAUUGGGAGGGAACUUGAAUCAUCAGAAUCUAUCAUUCUUAUCCAAACUUAGACGACUGCAGUCUUUCUCUUUCAACGGGAUUUCUUCGUCCUCGCCGAUGGAAAUGGCUGGCAUACUAGCAAGUCUCGACCAUUUGACGCACUUGUCACUGGUUUCGCAACAUGGCAUAUCAGAAUGUCUUCUACACCAUGUAUCCACAACGAAACAACGAUCCUCCUCUCCCGACGUCAUACGUACGAUGGAGCAAUUAGCGCCAUUCUUCGGCACUGAUCGCAUCUCGGCCUCCUCGCCAGCGUUAGCCUUCACACCAGAAGUCCUUGGUGCGAUCCACGACCACAAGACACUCAAUGGCUUGUCGAUUUCCUUAUCACAGACUCCAGAUCUUCAGACCCUAGGUUCCCUAGAGGAAUAUCUUGGGAAAGCUUCAAUCGAAGAGCUAGAGCUCAAUUGGCCUGAUCUGGAUCCAGAUGUUCUGAAACAGUUCGACUUGUUGCCAGAAAGCCUCAAACACCUUUGCGUCAGGUCGAGAAGUAAUGCAGACGCCUCUGCUAUGUUGUGUUCGAUUGUCGAUUUUCAAAAAGCAGGUGGCUUGCUCCAGCUUCGAACGGUUGUGCUCGUGCGUUCAGCUCAGAGUUGCAAGAACUCACCGUCUGGUCGUAAGGACAACGAGAUUGGGGAAGCAGAAGUUGGGGAUGAUGUUGUAAGUUUCCAAGUCCACGGAGAAUGGAAAGGAUAG